AGUGUUCGUUGUUAGCGUGUGUACCUUGGCCCUGACCCGUUCUGCUGUGUGUAGCUGACAGGCGGCAAGGGCUCUGAAACUGAACCAAACUUCACCAGCGUCGCACACAUCUACAAUUUAAUCCUACAUCACGAAUCUUCUUCUACAGAAACCAGCCGGUCAAACUCUUUCAACCCGGUUUACACGGGUGUUGUUGGUUGCAGUCAGCGUGUUGUUGUUAUCGGAGGUCAGUGGGUCUCCAGGUGAAACCAGCACGCCGUCCAGAUGCUUUCCCCGACCAGGACCGUCUCCUCCCGGCUGUUCAGGCCCGGUUCGUGGGCCCCUCUCCGGCUGGGUUCUGACCUGAGAGCCGCCAGCACUCUGCAGAAAGAGUUGAUAAAGAAGCAUGAGCUGGAGAAAGAUGAGCCCCGCCCACUCUACAUGGACUUCCAGGCCACCACACCCAUGGACCCUCGGGUGCUGGACGCCAUGUUGCCCUACCAGGUGAAUUACUACGGUAACCCUCACUCCAGGACACACGCCUACGGGUGGGAGAGCGAGACCGCCAUGGAGACGGCCAGGAAGCAGGUGGCUGACCUGAUUGGAGCAGAUCCCAGAGAGAUCAUCUUCACCAGCGGCGCCACCGAGUCUAACAACAUGGCCAUCAAGGGUGUUGCCAGGUUCUACCAGACCAAGAAGCGUCAUGUGAUCACCACACAGACUGAACAUAAGUGUGUUCUGGAUUCGUGUCGAGUUCUGGAGGCUGAAGGAUUCAAGAUCACUUACCUGCCAGUCCAGACAAACGGACUGGUGGACCUGGAGCUGCUGGAGGCCUCCAUCAGUCCGGACACCUCUAUAGUGUCGGUGAUGACCAUCAACAACGAGAUCGGAGUCAGACAGCCCAUCAGAGAGAUCGGACACAUUUGUCGUUCCAAAGGAGUCUUCCUCCACACUGAUGCCGCUCAGGCUGCAGGAAAGAUUCCCAUCGACGUUACCGACUGGAAGGUCGAUCUGAUGUCCAUCAGCGGCCAUAAGAUCUAUGGACCCAAAGGUGUGGGCGCUUUGUAUGUGCGACGCCGUCCCAGAGUGCGUAUGGAGCCACUGCAGAACGGAGGCGGGCAGGAGAGGGGGCUGCGUUCUGGCACUGUCCCCACCCCGCUGGCUGUCGGGCUGGGAGCCGCCUGCAGCAUCGCCCAGCAGGAGAUGGAGUAUGAUCAUCAAAGAGUGUCCACACUGGCAAAUCGUCUGGUCCAGAAGAUCAUGAAUGGGCUUCCUGACGUCAUCAUGAACGGAGAUCCACAGCAACGCUACCCUGGCUGUAUCAACCUGUCCUUUGCCUAUGUGGAGGGAGAGAGUCUGUUGAUGGCGCUGAAGGAUGUCGCUCUGUCAUCUGGGAGCGCUUGUACGUCCGCGUCUCUGGAGCCAUCGUAUGUCCUCAGAGCGAUCGGAGCAGAUGAAGACCUGGCUCACUCUUCCAUCAGGUUUGGUAUUGGCAGGUUCACCACAGAGGAAGAAGUGGAUUACACAGCAGAUAAAUGCAUCCAGCAGGUCAGCAGACUGAGAGAGAUGAGUCCUCUGUGGGAGAUGGUCCAGGAAGGCAUCGACCUGAAGAGCAUCAAGUGGACGCAGCACUAGACUCCUCCCACUUCCUAUUUACUUCCUGGCUGACGACAACGAUGACAAAGCAUAGAUGUAUUAUAGAACUAGAUACCGGACCCAAAGAAGCCGCCUAUUCAGUUCGCCUAUUAGAAUUGCUUGAAGAUGUGCUAGAUAAAAGUUUCUAGCGUCCAGGUUUACUUCCUGGUUAUGCAUCCCACUAAAUAUGCACAGCAGCGUUCCUCCCACUGGCCCUGUCCAUUAGUUUUCACCCAGCCCAUAGAUUUUAAAGUUGUGAUGACAUCCACAGGUUAAAAUCGAUAAUAGUCGCAAUUGACCUUUUUUGCGGUUCCGAGCACUGCGAUACUGCGAGCGGCCACUGGGCAAAAUUGAAAACAAAGCUGAGAAGUGCGGCUGUAUCCAGUUCUAAAUAAUACAUCCAUGUGAUGAAGACAAUGAUGAUGAUAUUUCCCAGGGAAUUCUGGGAAUAGACCAGCGUUUUCCUUCCCAUAUACAAACACGCACAAACUUCCUGUCCGACUUGAAGUCUGUUUGUAGAUGUAGCUCUCCUCCUUUAGUUGCUCAGUGGGGAGAUGUUGACCUCUGCUUGUUCUUUUUUAUUAUGUUGUACAUCUGUAAGCUUCUACUGGCCAGCGAGUUGCUUCUGUGUCUGGAAUGAAAAGUUGCCAGAGGCUGUGGUGCGUGUGUGGCUCCUGUAUCAUCGUUAUCUCUGUCUGUUAACAUGAUAAGAGAACAGCCAGUCGCAUGUAACCAUGAAGUUGUUGAUAUAUAUAUUUUUUUUUUUUACUGUGAAAACUGUGAGUCAAUUAAAUCACUGAGGCAGUGAAACGUGAUUUACAGUGAGGUGAAAUAUGAUGACACAAUCACACAACUACAAUAAAACAGGAAGCUGUUAAGAGUAUCCAAAUAUAUAAUAUCCAAAUAUUAAAAGUAAGAGCAAGGCUUGUCAGAAUCCUUCAGAAAUGAUGAUCCCAAUUUUCCAGUGAUCGGACAAUACUUGUCAUCUAUCCCGGUUACCAUGGCGACAUAACCUGUUUAACAGUGAGCCAGUUUUGUGUGUUUAGACCAGAGAUAGCUGACCAAACUGCUAAUCUCGCUUCGUGCUACAGGCUCUGAUCAAUGUGUUAUGCAACCAAGAGAGGCAACGACCCAAGUGAGAAUAAACAUCAGGGGAACAGUGGGCAGUCGAUGGCAACUAAAGGCAGCAGAGUUAAAUUCACAGAGUCGAUUUGAUGAUUCACUUUUAGGUCUUUGAGUCAGAUCGUUUCACUCGAUGAUUCACAUCUUUUCUCCUGCUCUCUCUGUCUCUCUUAAAAGUCACUCUUGCACUUUUUCUCUCCUCCCACAUCUGUUUUAAGUAUUCAGUAAACAGCCGCAUCAUGUUAGUGUUAGCAGCCGCAGUUUGAUUAAUCUUGUUAAAAUCUGGAACACUCUACAAGACUGAAGCCCUGAUUUUACCACAAAGGAAGAUUUUCAAGAUGAUGGAGCAUAAAAAUGGUUCAAAUACCGACUGAGACACCAAGUGUCACACUUAUAUCAUAUAGAUGUGUCUGAGGUUGCUGAUGGGAAUCAGAAGAUGACAUUAAAAAUCUGAACACAAAGAAAAAUUGCUGAGAAAAGUGCUGGGAAGAAACAACAGUUUUGAGGUUUUGCCAAAGAUCUUUACGAUGUUGCAGAGAUUAUUACUGAAGUCAAUAAAUGACACAUUUCUAUUACACCGGAAGUAACAAAUAAGACUUUUUAACUGGCUUAGGUGAUUUUCAAAGUCUUGUAUUGUGUUCCUGGUUGUAGUCAACUGAGUUUAUACAGGUCAUAUUUAUUAGACUCUUGCGUCUACUGUCUUCUACUGUUACUCAUCACCUACAUUAUGAUCCAAUAAAGUGUUGCUUAAUGAUUAUGCAAUACA